UGUGUGUGUGUGUGUGUGUGUGUGUGAAAGCAAAGCUCGGAGGAACAGGGCACACGGACACCAUCACUGCGUGCCGGACUCAUUUUCAGUCCUCCACUCGGGUCUGAGUAAACAGCACCGCCCCGAUGGUUGUUUGUUUUAAGUGUGGAGCGAUCCAUCGCACAGCGCCGGGCUCGAUUGACACUGUCUGCUGAUCUGCGGAUUGCUCAGAGUAACAAGGCUGCUCGCUAAUUCCCGUCCAUCGAAGCACCGACACGGAGUCCAAAAACAGCCGCCGAGGCUGGCAAGAGCGCCGCGCCGCCGGAGUCCGCACCCAGAAUGGCUUCGGGAGACCUCUACGAGGUGGAGCGGAUCGUGGACAAGAGGCGGAACAAGAAGGGCAAAUGGGAGUACUUGAUCAGAUGGAAGGGCUAUGGAAGUAAGGAGGACACCUGGGAGCCAGAGCAUCACCUACUGCACUGUGAGGAAUUUAUUGAUCAGUUCAAUAGCAUGCAACUGCACACGCAUAAGCGGCCCAGACUUCAAAAAAUUCAUGAACAGUCCCUUAAUGCCAACCAUCGACCUGUAACGGAACACUCCAGAGCUCAAUCAGAAGCUCACAAGAAGAAAAGGAUUUGUGUCCCUGUUGCUGGGGUCAGCAUAGGACCUGUUCUACAGGUUGGAAGCGUGGCGACAGUACCUGGCAAAAAGCAGAAGAAAACCGGUAUAGAAUGUGGGAAGCACGUUUUAGGGGACAAAGUAAGCAAAGCCAUGACUUAUAAGGCUACAACAUCAACAAGGCCCCUGGUCAGGGUUCCACAUAAUGGACUUCAAAAUGGAGAGAUGGAGCUGCUCAUGCACAGGGCAGGAAAGGCCCACUCGCAUAAACUGCCCUCAGACAGACAGGAUGGGGAACUCGGAGACGUAGAUACCAGUGGGCAACAGUUCACCGGUGAAGUAGGUGCCCCUCUGUCCAAUGGCAAGAUUCAUCUGCACAGCUCGGUGAAACGAAAGUUGGCUGAAGACAAAGGCUAUGUGUUUGACAAGCGUUUGCGGUACAACGUGCGACAGAACGACAGUAGCUACAGAUUCAGAGACAUCAUGGUGAGGAAAGAGGAGGGGUUCACCCACGUGCUUCUCUCGAGCCAAACAACAGACAACAAUGCUUUGACUCCAGAGAUCAUGAAAGAACUAUGCCGGGCUCUGGGUAAUGCAGCUGCUGAUGACAGUAAAUUAUUAUUGCUCAGCUCGGUGGGGACUGUUUUCUGCAGUGGCAUAGAGUCGUCGUACCUGAUCGGGCAUCUGUCCACUGACCGCAGAAAAGAGAGCAGCCGCAUCGCCGAUGCAGUACAGGACUUUGUGCUUGCAUUCAUCCACUUCAAGAAACCCAUUGUGGUGGCGGUAAACGGUCCUGCCCUGGGAUUGGGGGCCUCCAUCCUGCCCCUGUGUGACGUGGUUUGGGCCAGUGAGCGAGCCUGGUUUCAAACUCCAUGUGCAGCCCUGCACCUCACACCAUCUGGAUGCUCCUCUUACACGUUCCCUCAGAUCCUUGGUGUAGCUUUGGCCAAUGAGAUGCUCUUCUGUGGAAGAAAGCUCACAGCGCAAGAAGCGUGUAGUCGAGGUUUGGUGUCACAGGUCUUCUGGCCAACCACAUUUAACCAGGAAGUCAUGCUACGUGUGAAGGAAAUGGCUUCCUGUAGUGCAGUGGUUCUGGAAGAAUCCAAAUGCCUCGUGAGGAGUGUCCUUAUGUCCAUCCUGGAGGAGGUGAAUGAGAAGGAGUGUCAAAUGCUGAAGCAGCUGUGGUGUUCCACCAAAGGACUAGAGGCCCUCUUCAAUUACUUGCAAAACAAGGAAGAAGAGCUCGUUGAGGAACAAAUUAAUCCAGAAAAAGUGUAAUCCAGACAAACUGCAUAAAGACAAGACAGAGAACUUUAACGUCAACGUCAUUGCAUGGCCACUGAGUUCCAGAAGCAUAAAUCAGGCUUUAGGAUUUUAAGGUAAGGCAGCGGACUUAUAAAAAAGAGUGACUUGACCAAACGUAAUCUUUUUAAUCCACAUAAAAAGACUACGGCGGGUGUGUCCCCACUCGACGACACACCCGCCGAGGAUCAAACUCUGGUUAUUGGCGACUCUGUUUUGCGAAAUGUGAAGUUAGCG